AUGAUGUUCUCUAGUCUCAUAUUCUUAGCAUCGACAGUCUUUAUCGCUACCAAUGCUCUCGCUCUGAGUACCACAACUACACGUUCAAGCCCCAUUGCGGCUCCAACGAUUUUGCAGCGUGAUGUGACUACCACUGCUUCACCUGUAUCCACAAGUCCACUUUAUUUCCUAACAACAAAUUACAUUACCAUUGCGGGGGUAACGAAUGCACAUGUAACUAUCCCAGCCAAAACAGUCUCUUUUGCAGUUCCUACCUGCAUACAAACACUUACGCCGGACAAAAAUGGAUAUUUGCCUCCGGGUACAUGCAACGCUCUUUAUGACUACUAUCCUAGUUCUACAUCAGCUGUAGCUUUCGCUGCCAUUUUCGGAUUUCUUACUCUAGCUCACAUCAUACAAGCAUUCUUUACAAAAAGUUUCUUCAUAUUUUCAGCAUCCAUUUGGGGCCUCACGGCCUUCAUACUCCGUAUUGUAUCAACCUACAACCAACAAAAUAACAUCCUUGAACUCAUGUCUUCCAUCUUUGCUUUGACUAUCUCGCCCUUGAUCAACGCCUAUUACUUCAUUCUCUUGGGACACCUCGUGCAUCACUAUCUCCCAAGUCGUUCUCUUCUCGGUAUUCGUGCUCAUAUCAUUGCGCUUCCUUUCUUAGUAUUCAAUGGAGUGGCCUUUGUGCUGGAAGUUGUGGGCGCAACAAUGAUGGAAAAGAGAAAUCUUGAAUGGGAACAGAGGAAUGCAGAUCAUGUUCACAUCGGGGGCUUGGUCGUGCAAAUUCUGGUUAUUUUGGUGUUUUUGGGCGUGCUUGUGGCACUUUUGAGAGAGAUGAGUGGGUUGGGACACAGGAGCAGCUUAAUGAGAGCGUUAUUUGGAGGUUCAUCUCUUAUUCUGGCAUUCUUCUCCUCGCUCGAUUCUCUACUGGAGAUGAGACAUCCAGUUAUCAUAAACGUACUUCACCCUGGUCGAAUCAUGACCGGAGAAGAGAAAACGGAAAGUCCUUUGGGUGUUCUCACGUGUUGUUUACCUUGCUGUAGAUCGAGAAGUAAAGCGAGAAGAAACAAUGAUACGGGCUCGAUUGCCAGCUCGAAAGAAUUGAUUGGUUUAGAUGAGGAGGGGUUUGAGGGGAAACGUGAUAAGAAUGAUGAACCGCCGAGGUAUACUCCUUUGUGAGCCGGACUUAGUUUUGGUCUUGAUCUAAAAUAGUG